CUGUCAAAAUUUGUAUGUAUAUAUGUAUAGAUGUAUAGAUAUCUGCCAUCAAAAUUGGAAUAAACGCACUGAGACGCAGCAGCAGCACACGAGCAUGCGAAGUAUGAGCGGCCUCCUGCGGGACACCACGCGGGCAUGUUCCUUGAAGAACUACUGCAAGAAGACCGAGAAGGACAUCGGUAAGCUACGCAAGGAAAUGGACCAGAACGCCGAGCGGCGCCAAGAGGCCAAGGCAGCCGAGGAGGCCGCCAAGGAUGCGGCCAUGCUAAGGACUAGGGUGGACAAGUGCAUAGCCGAGAAGACGAAGGUGCUGCAGCAGAGCAUCGAGUCGGAGGCCAAUAAGCAGCAACAGGACACCCUGAGCACCAUGAUGAGCUGCCUGAUGACGGGCAUACGGCGGAUCUGCCGGGACAGUGUGAUGGGCGCCUUCUGCAGGGCCAAGACGCAGGCGGGCGAGAAUAAGAUCAGGAAAAUGCUGAAGAAGUGCGCCGAAAAGUGCGCCAAAGGGGGAAGGCCCGUUGUAGUGCCGGCCAAAAGCAAGGAGAAGCAGCCAAGGCGCAACCGAUACACGGAGAAGCUCGAGCAGUGCAUGGCCCGUGAGUGGAGGGAUGUGUGCGAGUCCAGCAAGAAUUUCAGCCCGGAGGAGAAGGCGGAGAUGGUGCGCAUGCACCAAUGCCUGUCCGAUCAAAUCAAGCAGAGCUGCCGCCGGAAGGUCAUCAAGGAGAUGUGCAUCGAGGCGGGCAUGGAGCAUCCCAGGGAUAAGGCCAAGGCUAGGAAAGCCUGCCGCCAGAAAAAGGCCAAAAAAACAGCAGCCCAGAAGCAGAAAACAGCAAAAGGCAAUGCCAAAGCCAAGCAAUCAGAAGGAUGCUCGAGUCCUGAGGUGGAAAAGUGUGUGGACGCCAAGCUGCAGAGUGUUCAGAGCUUCAUAAAGUCCUUGAGCGAGAACGAUAAUGCCAGUCUCGAGGACGUAUGCGGCUGUGCCAGGAUCAUGCUGAGAAAAAAGUGCGAGGCAGAGAUGCAGCAAAGGAAAUGCGCCCAACAGGAGGCAGCGAAGUGCCGAGCAAACGCUGAGAGAGCGGAGGAAAAGUGCCACCCCAAGGAGAAGGGAGGCGCAGGAGGAGCCGCAACUGUUGUCGAUCAGGAAUUGUUGCAGAAAUUCCGCGAAUGUCUGUUCAAAAAGGUGGGCGGACCGCACGACAUUCAGCCGGGCCGCAAGGUGACAAUUGUGGGCGCCGGCGCCGUGGGCAUGGGCUGUGCCAUGGCCCUGCUCUGCAAGGGCGUCACCAAUCACAUGGCCCUCUUCGACGCGAAGCAGGAUUGGAUGGCGGCCGAGCGUCUCGAUCUGUUGCACGGUUCGCUGUUCGUCAACAAUCCGCUAAUCGAGCAGUGCACGGGCAUGGAGGCCACCAAGGACUCGCGUGUGGUGGUGGUAACGGCCGGGGCCCGGCCCACGGGCAACGAGACGCGCCUGGAUGUCGCCCAGAAGACGGCGGAUAUUGUCAGGGAGGUGAUGCCAGCGCUGCUGGAGCAGAGUCCCAAGGCCACCUUCAUCAUUGUCUCCAAUCCCGCCGAUGUGAUGGCCUGGGUGGCCCGCAAGGUGACCAAUCUGCCGUACGAGCGUUGCCUGAGCACCGGCUGCCACCUGGACACGGCUCGCUUUCGGCUGUUCAUCGGCCAGCUGCUGGGCAUUGCCACGCGCUCCGUUCACGGCUUUGUGGUUGGGGAGCAUGGCGGCAGUUCGGUGCCGCUGUGGUCAACGGUCAGCGUGGGUGGUGUGCGCCUGCAGGAGAUCCUGCCCGUCAUUGGCACGGCGCGGGAUCCCAUGUACUGGUCGACGGUGCACAAGGAUGUGGUGGAGGCGGCCUUCAAGGUGAUUGCCGACAAGGGCUACACCAACUGGGCCAUUGGCCUCACCGUCGCCGAUAUCGUUGCGGCGAUAUUCGAGGACAGCAAUCGGGUGCUGUCGCUGUCCACCAAUGUCCAGGGCAUCUGCGGCAUCACGGAUGAGGUGUUCAUGUCCAUGCCCUGCGUCGUUUGCGCCCACGGCAUCGGGGCCAUUGUGCGGCCCCAUCUCAGCGACUGGGAGAAGCAGCAGCUGCAGAAAUCCGUAAAGGUCCUGCUGCAGGCACAGAGCGGCAUCAAAAUUUAAUUUAAUUUGUAUUCCCCCCCAGCCCAGGCAGCCCUGAGAACUCAGUCAAGUGCGUGACUUCAUUUUUUAAAUUUAACUUUCAGUUUUAUUUUUUAGUUUCUAAAAUUAAAAUUUCCCGUUA